AAAAUGGUAGCACGAAAACGAAACGCGCGAAACUAAUUUUGACAAUCGUGCUGUCACUUUUUUUUUCGUUGAAUUUGCAGGAUUUUUUUGUUUCACUGUGUCGGUUUUGUGAAAAAUUUUGUACGUGUUUUUGAGGUAAAAAUGUGGAGAUUUGGUCGGCGAAAUAAUUUUCUUAUUUGGCAUUAUUUAGAAGCUUUAAGAGAUGAGGAGGAAGCUGGAAUCCAUCAAAAAAUAAUUAGGAGAAACAUACUGAGGAAAAAUUUUAAUCCUGCUGCUGUUAGUGAAGGGUUGUUCCAGCAGCAAUAUCGCCUCAAUAAACCUGCAUUUAGGUACCUAUGUGACAAAUUACGGGAGAGGACAAGUCUGAAAGCAACAAAAAGAGUACCCUUGGAGCACAAGGUUCUAUGUGCUCUGCAUUUUUAUGCAUCUGGCUCAUACCAAUGCGCUGUGGGUAUGAUGAAGCAUUUGGGGCAAACUACAGUGAGCAAAUAUAUAAAUGAAGUAACCAAUGCUCUCAAUGACCCCAACAUACUCAAUGAAUUAAUAAAAUUUCCUCAGAUAAGAACUGAACGGAACCAAAUAAGACAGAAGUUUUAUACUGAGUAUGGUGUCCCUGGAGUUAUUGGCUGUAUAGAUGCAUCACAUUUUCACAUACGGACACCCAAAAAAGAAAUAGAGAAUCUAUUUUUUUGCAGAAAGCAGUACUGUUCUUUGAAUGUACAAAUGAUAUGUGACAGUGAUGGGCGCAUUUUAAAUGUUAACCCUAAAUAUGGAGGAGCAACUCAUGAUGCAUUUAUUUGGCAGAAUAGUAGCGUGAAUGAGUUUAUGCAAAGGUUGCAUAGAGAAAAUGAAAUCACUUGGUUACUUGGUGACUCAGGUUAUCCACAGCAACCUUGGAUGAUGACGCCCAUUCCAGAUGCCGUCGUUGGUAGUCCUGAAGCCAAGUACAGCAGUAUGCAUGGCCGAGCCUGGGUUAUCAUAGAAAAUACUUUUGGUAGAUUAAGAAAUCAGUGGUGUUGCCUUGGUAAAGAUCGGUCAUUACAUUACAAGCCUGAAAAGUGUGCUAAGAUCAUCUUAGCAUGUUGUGCACUGCAUAAUUUGGCUUUGGAUUAUGGGAUUUCUGAUCCUGAUGACACAAUUAUUGAAGAAGUGGACGACUUCAGUCAACCAGAAGUUGCAACAAUGAGCGAUGGGAGAGAUGACCUCAUCAGAGGCAGGGCGUUAAGAAGCCAGUUAGUCGACCUAUUAAAUAGGUCAUAGUCAUUAAAAUCAAUAUUAUUUUCAA